AUGACUACAGAACAAAGUCUCCUUGGACCUCAGGAGCUUGCGGAUUUAGCUCGAGAAAUUUUGGUGGUCAACUCAAGUAGUGACGGAGGAUUAGAAAACACUCAAAAUAUCGUCGAAAUGGCGAGUCCAGGAGGUGCAGAUAAGCAAGUCGAAUCACCGACUGCUAGAUUUACGGCAGUAAAUGGGAGGAGUCAAACUGAAAUUCCGCCUUCGACCAAUGGCAAUGGGAAUGGAAACAGCAAUGGUGUGAAUGGCAAUGGUGUGGCAAGGAGGGGUUCUGAUGAGCGAUCAAAUGGACAACCUCGAAUCUCACCUCCAGGUCACGAGAGAUUAACCAUCACAACUACACAGGAGCAAGAUUGGCCUUCCUCCACGAACGGAGAACGUACUACUUUACCCGAUCGCCAAAUGAAUAAUAGCCAAAACUCAAAUCAUUAUUCAGACGAAAAUUCCCACAAACGUAAAAGAUCGGGUUCGAUGGAUCAAGGCUCAUCAUCAGCAAAUUCAUACCACAGUCAUGCUCUACCAAAUUCGACAAAAGCAACACCAACUACGGCGACCACCGAAUCCGAUGGUAACAGAGAUGAAGCAACUGUCCGAGCAAAAUCUCAAUCUCAGGUAGACUCUAGAGAUACCUAUAGUUCCGAUACACAGUAUAGGCAAUUCAUAUCAGCAAAUGAUUCGGCUCGGGAAGCGGCUCCGAAUGACUUGUGGCAUUCCCGACAUUAUGUUCAGCAUCCUCAAGUUAGUUCCGAUGAGCAUCUUGGGGAAGUCUUACAAAGAGCAUCUCAAAAUUUGGAUGCGCAGCAACAUGAGUACGACCGUCGCACACUUUCUGGUGAUGAUAACAGAUAUGCUGAUCCCCAAUCUGCAUAUGGUCAGGAGAGACGGGAAUUGUCUGCACAAUCAGAUCUCAAGAAGCGGAAAAGAAAUUUCAGUAAUCGGACUAAGACGGGUUGUAUGACAUGCAGAAGAAGAAAGAAGAAAUGCGAUGAAUCUAGGCCAGAGUGUAACAACUGUCUCCGUGGUGGGUUCGUCUGCUCAGGAUAUCAACAACGAGGUCAAUACCCAAAGGUCGAAAUGAAACAAACUCCAAUUCCAUUACAAUCCAAGACGGAAUAUGAGAGCCCUUCCUCAUAUACACAGCCAUCACCGUAUGGAAAUCAACCUGGAAUACCGACUCGAAGGGAACCGUUACCUGGAUAUCGUGGCCAGAGCUUACGUUUAGAUCCUCACAGCAGAGCCAUGACGGAUGGUGACGAUCAAGCAAGUGCGACGACUUUACCUAGUGCUUCAAUCACAAGUCCAGAAAAUAAUAGAAUAACCGCAUCAAGCUAUGGAAUUCAACAAACGCCAACUCCUGUCAGCGCAAAUAGUGCUCAUCCUGAUCGUUAUAAGAAUGAGUAUUCACGCGUUGGGCCUCUUCACGAUCUUUCCAGGCAAGAGCCAAGGACAGAAUCAGAUACUGGCACACCACAUUCUGCUCGUGAACCUAGUUCUGCUCUUCCAAAUCUAUUAAAUCACCAGAUUCACCCCGAUAGUCCUCAUAGCAGCGCCCAAGUUGCAGCUCAAUUAGCACUUUCUCACCCUGCAAGUCGACCACGAACUCAAAAAGAAGAAAUGUUAGCUGGUCGUCAUUACUUUCCAUUUGACAAAGAACUAGUUCUUGAGCGUGAACGCUGUAAUACAGCUUGCUGGCGGUUUAACAAUAGCACCAAUCCUAAUAAUGGUGUGUCACCAGAAGAACGUGCUCGUCAAUUUCGAGAUAUUCUUCAACCACGCGAUCACGUCAUUUCUCCCACUCAAGCUUCACCUGCCAAUCCUGUUGGCAAAGUCGGUGAUAAUGUGGUCGUUGAAGCUCCAUUUACUUGUGAUUAUGGAUAUAAUAUCAGCAUUGGACAAGAUGUGGCGAUUGGAAAGAAUUGUACAAUUCUCGAUACUUGCGAGGUUAAGAUUGGCGAUCGUUGCAAUAUCGGACCGAAUGUUAGUAUCUAUACCGCAACGCUACACACAGAUCCCAAAAGAAGACUUGGAUCUCGAGGACCAAAUUUGGGAAGAAAGAUUAUUAUUCAGGAGGAUUGUUGGAUUGGUGGUGGUGUAACAAUCUUGCCCGGGAGGACUAUUGGAAAAGGCAGUACAGUGGGAGCAGGUUCUAUCGUUACAAGAGAUGUUCCACCUUACACAGUAGCUUGCGGAAAUCCGGCAAGAGUCAUCCGUGGUCUUUACCCACCACAUGAAUGA